UAUCUUUUUCGUUUUCAACAGAAGUUAUGUGGCACUUCCCCUUGUCCCUCGGCUGCUUCUUGUGUACCAACUAUUGAUGGAAAACUCCGUUGCGUUUGUCCUGCUAAUUGGACUAGAAUUGAAAGCUGCGAAAGAGGUUUGUAUUACUAUCGCUAUACACCCUUUGUUAUAUACCUGUUUAACGUAAAGCGUUGCACGUAAUGAUCUACGAUCUGAGAGAAAGCCUCACCUUUCCAUUUGCAAUCAUUUCUUCAUAUGUAAGUGAGCAAUUAUUUAAUUUUUCGAGUUGUGCAAUUUGACUAAUAAAAGUGUUGUAUUUGAGCAAGAUAGUAAUAUAGAUUGGAAAAAGUUAGUUAAGCGGUCUGGGGUCUUCGACGUUCACCAUCAGAGCGGUACCUUUUUUCAUAUUAAAAUAACAUCGUGAGAAUGGUUUGAUGGUAGUCUUACUGAGAGCAAUAUUAUCUACUGUUUAAUCGUUAGUUAACGUAGGGUGUGAUUGUUUUGUUGAAGAUACGGACGAGUGUUCCUCUGGAUCGCAUGACUGCUCAGCUGACGCGUACUGCAACAACACUGUGGGCUCAUUUAUCUGUACUUGUAAAGCUGGAUUUUCAGGAGAUGGUAAAAAGUGCAAAAGUAAGAAGGCGAUAUAUUUUUUUUUUUCGGAGCCAAGGAUAACUGACAAUGCAUCCACCCACAUUUAGCUAUUUCUUACUCUGGAGAGUGUCAUGGUAUGAUUUCUGGUAACCAGUACGAUGUUUUCAAUAAGUGAUAAGCUCAGGUUUUUUUACUACUUCAGCUCGUUUCAAACUUUACACCAAAAACGCUUGCAACCCGUACUGGUACCAUUUCACUUGUCCUAUUUGUGAUUACAGUUGCGAGGUAUAAGUCUGGAUGAUUGACAGUAUCGAUUCUAUCUUAAUACAGAUAUCAUUGAAUGUAACACUGGAAGUGCCAAGUGUCACGUGAACGCCACUUGCAGCGACACUAUUGAAGGCUACAUUUGUAAAUGCAAAGACAAUAUGAUCGGAGAUGGAUUCUUAUGCGUGGGUGGGUGUUUUGAUAGACACAUGUUAUAUUAAGAGUUUAUAUUCACCGUAAGCUCGGCCACAGUAGGACCCUGCAAUACCACUAGUGAGGCUUAUUGCAGGAUUUCUUUCACUGCCUUUCUGAAAGAUGAAGGUUAUUAAGAACCCUUUUCUUCACAAAAGGUACAUGAGCUUAAAAAUCAAACAGUUAUUCCACUUGUGCUGUACUACAUUUAGUGCUCUGUAGUAUUUCCAAAUGUUGUUUACAUCAAGCAGUUUGUGGAUCUUCGGACGACAAGACGGGAAUUAUUUCAAAUCGUCCAUUUACUUGCCUUCUAGACUUCUUGUCAUUGUUUGUUUGCUUUAAAUUUAGUUCGCACUUCUAUAAACAUCUUUAUAACUCAAGCAAAAAAUGUUUGAUGUUUGAUAAAUCGUGAUCAUCCCACACCAGUAUUCAUUUUUUAAUUCGAGGAUUCAAAGGAUUUCGUUUUCAUUGGGCACUCAAUGGGUCUGAUCUAAAUGUAAGGUAAGAUGAAAGAACGCUUUCUUCUGGUAGGAAGAACUGGUCGGAACACACUGUUGUGAAAAGUUCAAAUUCUUACUCAUAAUUAUGGAUAAACUCUAGUUUCAGCAAACAUUUGCGGUUAUUUUGCCGCGUUUGCUGACAGCAAACCCACAGAAGUUUGAAAAAUCUUCUUCGACUUCCUCAUACAGUGAAUACUUCCUGGAGAGGAUCAAUUAGCUGCCUUUCUUGAAAUGCUGUUAAAUAUUUUCAGUUAAUGAUGUCAUUAUUUCAUUUAACUUCUUGUAAAGAGGAUUCCACAUGGUAUGGUAUGCAUGUUAACAGAUGUAUUUCCCUUAUUUUCAUGAAUUGAAAAGUUUAUACAAUGGUGCUUCAUAUCAAAAUACUGAUGGCAGGAAAGUACUGUACUUGAAUGGAUCCCGGCAUUCGUACGCAGAAACCCCAGCACUCCCGAUCCGAGUUAUCAGCUUUAGUAUCAUGUGUUGGAUAAACGUUUUGAGCCUUUCAAGUGAUCAUCAAGUUCAUAUCUAUUCUGACUGGUCAGAACCACAUCAGUUCAGAAUCUUUAUUUAUGGAAGUCAUAAAAUUUGUGCUAAUCUGCGAAAUUCAUUUGGUGCAACACGUGAAAUGUUUAAUCUCUGUGGCGGGUAG